AUGACUGAAGGAUCACAGUACAGGGAUGCGCUUCGGGAGCGGAUGACGGCCUUUACUGAGGAGGAGCUGGCGAAGCUUCAAGAGGCUCAAGACGAGGAUGGAGACUCUCCAUCCUCACUCUCAAAGGUCUUGCCGCAAGCGCCGACAAGAUAUCAAGUUACGAGUCUGGCAGUUUCAGAUGAAGGUGUGCUGGCGACAACUUUGGCUGGAACGGAGAUUUUCCAAAUCCCCAAGUCUCGGAUGCCUGAGUCGCUGACAGCUGCGACUUUGAUAGAACUGGCAGCUGACACUUUGGGUGUCGCCCAGACCUCUUUGACUUUGUGGGAAGGCAAGUGUGCUCUGGUGCUCUGGAUCACAGGCGCUCAAGAGCUGGUUGGUGCAGCUGGGAUUGGUUGGAGCUGCAUUCUUACGCUGCGGGAAGCUCUGGAUGAGGAUCUUCGGCCCAUUGUUUGCCGGCGGAACCAGGCUGACCCUGAACCGAUGCUGGGUGAAGGCAUGGUCCAAAUUAAUUUGGCGGACUUUCCUCAGGAUGGAUGCAUUCAAACCAUUGCUGAGCAACGGCGCUACGUGACCGGUGAAGAACACUGUUGGCUCAUCUACACCAAACAGCAGGUGGUAUCCUAUCACCUCAGAUCAGGCGAUGUGUUACAGGCCAUUGGUUAUUUUCCUCCGGCGCCUGUUUGGAAGCUGCCCAGUGGCACCCGGCGCUGGGGUGGACGGCGCUCAGACGUUUGGAGCACUCACUGCGACCUUCCGCAGAUACAGAAACUCUUGGACCAGCAUGCGGCUUUAACCAAUGAUAGGCCAAUCCCGCGAUAUCAGAUGAUUGUGGACCCAAACCAAUUCGUGACGGAGACACCGACCGGUCCAGUUUGGAUUCCAUGUGACUUUGACAUUUCAGCGGACGGCUCACCGAAGUUGCUGGGUGGGCCACUCAGUCAUGCUGAACCUCACUUGGCGCAGGACGUCGCCUUGCCAGUGCUGAAGGCCGCCCUGCCGUUGCUGGCCAAGCUCAGGCGGCCGCAACUGCUGUUGCAGGAACGACGCUUGCAGGUUGUCUUCAAAGCUCAACGCAUCAUUGUUCCCGGACGAAGAAGUGAUGGCUCGGAUUCCGAAUACGUGGGCCUUUGGCAUGUGGAUGGACACCGUGAACACGUGGCAGCUGUUGUUCUGUAUUACUACAAUGUGGAUGAGGAGUUGAAAGGAGGUGAUAUGGAAUUUUGUGGACGCGAGCCCAUGGACAUUCUGGGCAUUGGGGAUUGCAGCAACAACUUUGAAGAAUUUGGGCGCCACAGCCUGCGUGCCGCUUUGCGUGAGGAGGAGAGGAGGGUGACGAAUUGCCGUGUGCCCAUUUGUAAGGGGACCCUCUUGGUCUUUUCCAACUAUCAAAUGGCCCACCGGGUCCUCCGCAUGGUGAACACCAGUGCCCGGGAAGCGUCGCGUGACUUCGUGGCGCUCUUCGUCCUGGACCCGGCCUUUCCACCGUUGCGCCCGGCUGCCAGCGUCUUGGCCAACAGCUUCCUGAUGAGGAGGGCCCUGCAGUCACGGGGCCUGAGCUUCAGCAACGUCACCAACAUCCAGGAGUUUUCAGGCGAUCGGCAAAGCCCCGUGGCCCUGAAACUGCGACGAAAUGCUAUGCUGAAGGAACAGCUCCGGCCAACUGGAGAGUUCUGUGGUGGCGCACAGGUGGUGACAGCUGGCAACGGGUGCUAUACCAUGAUCGGUUGGUUGCACCAUUUACUGGAGCGUGAUGAAGAGACAUUGGAGCAGAUGGAAGAGAAUUUGCCAACCUGGAAAGGGACUAAAUAUUUGAAGGCCCUGAAUCUACCUCCAAAAAACGAAGGCCGAGGUUUGUCGGAGGUCUUGUCUCUAAACAACUCUGAAGUGGAACAAAGGCUUCGAGAGUGGGAUGAGCAAGCUGAAGUGUUUCAAGAUGAGGAGUGA